GGCUCUCGGCCGGUUAGGGCUGGCGGGGAGGAUGGAAUAUUCCGCGUUGGGCACCGUGGAGGCCACGGACGGCGGAGGGUCCGGGCCAUACCACAGCUUGGAAGAGCGGGAGGGCCGGGAGCCGGAUGGGGUGCGCUUCGACCGCGAGAGGGCGCGCCGCUUGUGGGAAGCGGUAUCCGGGGCCCAACCGGUGGGGAGGGAGGAAGAGUGCAGCCCUUCCCAAGCUCCAGGACUCUGGUCCCCAUCCACACCGUCUUGGAGGCCCACAGACCCUUCCCCGGCAGACCCGCAGCCGAGGACUGACUGAGGAAGUGGAGCACAUGAUCCAGAAGAACCAGUGUCUCUUCACCAAUACCCAGUGUAAGGUUUGCUGUGCCUUGCUCAUUUCUGAGUCCCAGAAGCUGGCCCAUUACCAGAGCAAAAAACAUGCCAACAAAGUGAAGAGAUACCUAGCAAUCCAUGGAAUGGAGACAUUAAAGGGGGAAACGAAGAAGCUAGACUCAGAUCAGAAGAGCAGCAGAAGCAAAGACAAGAACCAGUGCUGCCCCAUCUGUAACAUGACCUUUUCCUCCCCUGUUGUGGCCCAGUCGCACUACCUGGGGAAGACCCACGCAAAGAACUUAAAGCUGAAGCAGCAAUCCACUAAGGUGGAAGCUCUGUCGAAACGCCUUACAAACCCUUUCCUUGUGGCCUCCACCUUAGCCUUGCACCAGAACAGAGAUAUCAUAGACCCAGACAAGUUCUGCAGCCUCUGCCAUGCAACUUUCAAUGACCCUGUCAUGGCUCAACAACAUUAUGUGGGCAAGAAACACAGGAAACAGGAGACCAAGCUCAAACUCAUGGCACACUACGGACGGCUGGCGGACCCUGCUGUCGCUGACUCUUCAGCUGGGAAGGGCUAUCCCUGCAAGACAUGUAAGAUAGUGCUGAACUCCAUAGAACAGUACCAAGCUCACGUCAGUGGCUUCAAGCACAAGAACCAAUAUCAGCAACCAUUGUUCAAAGUGAUGCUAAGAGGCAGAGCCAUGAUUCAAACAGAGGUCUCUCUGGCUCCCCUGUGCUCUUCCAAGGACAUCUCACUGAGAAGCAGUGGUGGCACCAUGAGGAUAGGGCCCCAACUGGGAGGAACCCACUCAGAAGGGAGAUGGAUGAUGAGGAAACUGAGUUUCAGACAGGCAAGUUUGAUGAUGGAUUCUGCAUCACUCAUUGAGCCAAAUGAAUUAAAGGUGGUGGAAACACAGUAUUGGAUCCAAAAAUGCCCUUGGUCCACUCCAUUCUGCCUGGAGUCUCCUAUCCCACACUGUUGCAGAUCUUCCUCUUUAUUUGUGGGUCUCCAAAAGCAAUGACAUCACCCCUGGGCCAGAUUCCAAUUCAUGGGCAAACUGUUCAGAAAGACUCAACCACCUCGGAGGUUUAGAAGGACUUCUGCCCACCACUCCAGGCUGGACCAACAGUGAGCCAGCUUCCUGUGACUGUGGUCAGCCUUGGCGCCCUCUUCUUUCUUUCACCAGGAGAGUACACAGGCCUGAGGCAGGAUUGGGCCACAGACAGCCUGUGGUUGGUCCAGGCAAUUGCAAGUCAUCAGCCACCCCAGUUUGCCCCCACUCCUGCUCUUCCCUUUUGGUGUGGGCCCCUGUAGGUCAGAAUAGGGGAAGCAGGAGUCUGAGAGGACUCAAGUCUCACGGAGUGGUAGUUUGGAAGACGGUGUUCUUUCUUCCCCAGCCCUUCUAGACCAUAUGUCUUGAGGCCCCAGAGCAUAUCUUUGCUCUGAAGAUCGGUUUUGGACCAGUCUCUACAGCUAAAGAACUCUACCUGGACUCUAGACAUCUCCAGGGAAACCUGGAGCUCUCAUGCCAGACUUUGUCCUGGGUGGAAAAUGGCAAGUAGAAGUGGCUGCCUCUGGAGUUGAUGUGACAUUGCCUCUGCUCCCAAAAAAGGACAGGCCCUCCUGAGCCUGGGACCAGAUGCUGGCCAAUUGUGCAGGUUUCUGCCCACUGCAGAGUCUCCUCCUGGAGCAGUACCACAGUCCUGGCAGAGAGCUGCCAGCCUUCGGCCCCUCCUCUGUAGUUCCUGAAUGGUGCUAAGGAGCUGCAGCAGCCAAGGGCAGGCUGGAGUUGAAGGAGGACUCGGUACCCCAUGGGAUCAUGGGGCACUCCAGUGGGGACCUUCCCCUCUACCAUCAGAGGUGCUCUGACCCAGGGUCACAUAGGAAAGUCCCUCAUACGCACGUUUCCAUGAUGGUUCAGUGCCCUUAAAGGCAAGCUGCCUCGUGCCACCAGCCUAAAGGUUCCUUGCUGCCCUUCAGACGUACUCACCUCUCCUUCCCUGUGUGCAGCAGGCCACCCUGCCCAGGUCACUGUGGUGCUAGCCUUCCCUGCCAUCCUUCAGGAACUCCUGGGCACCAGGGAGCCAGAUGGGGCCUCCAGGGAAAGAAAUGGGGAGCUGGCUCAGGUUUCUGCAGUGAGGAAAUAGAUGUUCCUUGGGUCCCAAAUCCCAUUUUUUCCAUCUCUGCUGUGUAUUGUGGCCUGGGACUUCACUAAGAGUGGAUUUCUCUUGGUGACUUUCAAGCAAGAAUUCUAAAGUGUCACCAUCAGAGGCCCCUCUUUGUGGCAUCAAAGAGGCCCCUCACUCCCCCCACUCCCUAGCCCUUUGCCUGUGAAAUGCCCGUGCAUAUUGUGUGUGGGUGUAUAUGCGUGUGCUUACGCUCUGCCUCUUGGUCACCAAAAUUUCCAAAUAAAGAAUUUCUCCCAUGA